GAAGAGAGCAUGAGGAGGGGUAAUCAGAGCAGUGCAUCUGAAUUCAUCCUCUCAGGGCUCCCUAUCCAGCAGGAGGAGCAAGGCAUGUACUAUGCUCUUUUCCUGGGCAUGUACCUUACCACGAUGCUGGGGAACCUGCUCAUCAUCCUGCUCAUCAGGCUGGACUGUCACCUCCACACCCCCAUGUACUUCUUCCUCAGCCACUUGGCUCUCACUGACAUCUCUUUCUCAUCAGUCACAGCUCCGAAGAUGCUCAUGAAUAUGCUGAUUCAUAAUAAAUCCAUCUCUUAUGCUGGGUGCAUUUCUCAGGUAUAUUUUUUCUUAUUUUUUGCAGAUCUUGACAGUUUUCUUCUCACUUCAAUGGCCUAUGACAGAUACGUGGCCAUCUGCCAUCCCCUGCACUACACCAGAAUCAUGAGUCAAAGCCUUUGUUUCCUGCUAGUAAUUCUAUCCUGGGUCUUGUCCUGUGCUGGUGCCCUUGUGCACACUGUCCUCCUCGCCCGUCUCUCUUUUUUUGGAGACAACACGCUCCACCACUUUUUCUGUGACCUCUCUGCCUUACUUAAGCUGUCCAGCUCAGACACGACUAUCAAUGAUCUGGUUGUUCUCAUUGUAGGAUCAAUGGUCAUUACUCUACCAUUUAUAUGCAUUCUGGUGUCUUAUGGCUACAUUGGUGCCACCAUCCUGAGAUUACCUUCAAUCAAGGGAAUCUGCAAAGCCUUCUCCACAUGUGGCUCUCACCUCUCUGUAGUUUCUCUGUACUAUGGAGCAAUUAUUGGGCUAUACUUUGUACCCUCUUCCAAUGACACUAAUGACAAGGAUGUCAUUGUGGCGGUGUUGUACACUCUGGUCACGCCCAUGCUAAAUCCCUUUAUCUACAGUUUGAGGAAUCAGGAUAUGAAAGGAGCUCUGCGAAAUCUACUUAGCAGAGGAACAUUUUCAGUGUGA